GCCUCACUUUGUCUUGUCUUGACUUCUUCUCGCAUGUUUAUUUUGUUUAUUUGCGUGAUCAAUAUUGUAAUUAUAAUGAAAAUAAGUGCCUGAUAUCUUCCGUUCGUUGUUAAAUUAGAAUUAUUGCAAUAAACCAUGUAUCGCAAUAUAGUUUUUAUUGACACCCCGCACAAUGGAGGAACAGGCGUGCUUAGUGCGCACACGCUCCGACUCUGAGAGCUCGUCAAAACUGGGCAGCUUCGGGUCCAUUUCGCACACAAUGACUUACACGGAGACGAGACUUAGCGGGACAGAAGGAGCUGGCGAGCCCGCCAGCGCUACCAACAUGACGAACAUGCCACCGGAAAACCCAGAAGGGAAUGAAAGUGGCGAACUUCUUGAUUACAACGACUCAAGUGUACUGGAACAGUUCCAUGAGGAUGCACUACGGCAGGCUGGGUGUGGUUUGUCCCAAGCGCGCGUAUACCUCGCAGUGUGUUUGGCUGUGGCCGGAGCGUCCUUAGAGCUCGCGUCGAUUGCCUUCGUUCUGCCUUCAGCGGAGAUCGAACUCUGCAUCUUACCUCACGAGAAGAACUGGCUCGUGCUGAUCAGCAUAAUGGGCUGGUCGCUGGGCGCGGUGGGCUGGGGCGCGCUGGCGGAGCGCGGCGGGCGGCGGCGCGCGCUGCACUCCGCGCUCGCCGUCAACGCCGUGUUCGCCGCCAUCGCCGCCUUCAUGCCCACCUACGGCACCUUCAUGAUGGCCCGGUUCUGCUCGGCGAUCGGGUCGGGCGGCAUCCUGUCGGCGGGCUGCACGUACGCGGGCGAGGUGGCGGCGCGCGGGGUGCGCACGGCGCUGCUGGCGACGCUGGCGGGCGGCAUGGCGGGCGGCGUGCUGCUGUCGGCGGGGCUGGCGCGCGCCGUGCUGCCGCCCACGGGCGAGCGCGCGCUGGCCGACAGCCGCGAGCACUUCAGCGCCUGGCACCGAUACCUGCUGCUCUGCACGAUACCAAUCCUCGCGUCGCUGAUCAGUUUGAUAUGGACGCAGGAGUCGCCCCGGUAUCUGCUAGAUGUCGGACGAGAGGUCGACGCCAUGAUGGUGUAUCAGAGCAUGCACGUGAGCAACCAGUCGCGCGUGUGCGGCGCGGCGCGCGAGGCGGAGUACCGGCUGGGCGAGCUGGCGCUGCCCGCCAAGCGCCGCCCGCCCGCGCUGCACCACGUGCGCCACUCGCUCAAGAUGUUCUGGCAGGCGUUUUUCCAAAUAUUCUCGAGUACCUACAGAAAUACGACGCUCUCUUUGGCUGGGAUGCUACUCUUCGCUGUUGCUAUACAAUUUUAUCUGUCGUCGUACAUACCAGCGACUGUCAUGAAAAUCGAGACGGAAGCGUACGAUGCGUCCAAACAGACGAUACAGAACGUGACUUACGAGGGCGUACAUUACAAUGAGACGUUGGAAAACAUCGACUUUAUCGACGUUUCGUUCAGGAAUUGUACGUUCCGUGACAUCCUUAUGUCUCACGUUGAAUUCAUCAAUUGCUCCUUCGUGAACACGGCGCUUUCGAAUAUCAAGACUUCGUAUACCGCGUUUAGGGGAGCCGUCUUCGUUAAUAGCACCGUCAUCGACACGGACAUGGAGGUGGGGCGCGAGCUGGACGCCGAGUGCGUGCUGAACGCCAGCACCGUGCGCGGCAUGCGGGGCGCCUGCGCGCGCCGCGCCGACCUGCGCUGGGCGCAGCGCGGCCGCCUCGCCGAGCGCACCUACGCCGCGCACGCCGCGCUGCUGGCCGCGCCGCUGCUGGCGCUGCGCCGCCUGCACCGCCCGCCCGCGCACGUGAUAAUAUGUGCGUCUUGCAUAUUGCUAUCUCCUUCGCUCUACGUGGCGCAGAGUGAGACAGCGCUUUACAUAGUGGAGGCGGUGUACGGCCUACUAAUUAUGAUAAUAUUCUUCAGUGUCGCUGUUAAAGUACUUGACACUUACCCAGCUAACUUGAGGUGUACAGCCCACGGUCUGAUCCUGUCCAUCACGUACAUGGCGGGCGCGGCCGUGCGGGGGAUGGGGGAGUUUGGACCAUUCGUCAGCUGCAUACUGUGCGCACUCUUCGCGCUCACGGCCACUGCGUUCGCGACCCGCAUACGGUAGAGCGGGACGGAGAUAUGGCCACCUACGUGCAAGACAAGGACGGUUAUAUUAAUUGUCAAAAUUUAAAAGUGGAUAGUUGUAAUAUAACGUUCGAAAUUUCGAAAACGAAUGAUUAAUUAAGGUAUGAAGUUUAAAAAUAUCUUUAAUAUGGAUUUACUAAACAAAUGCGGCUUAAUUUAUAAAUGUUGUUUAAUGGUCGUUUAGUUACAUAGCUUUGUCUCUUUCUGUCUUAACUAUUCGACAUUCGAUAGAAGAAGACAGCAUUAUAUAACUAAUUACCCUCUAAAGAACAUUUAUAGAAAGCCGAUAGGAAAUAAAAAAUGAUUCCUCGAAACUGACAUAUUGAUCAAUUAAAUAGCAAUAUUGUUGGCAAUACUUAUUUAAUACGACAGAGGACUAUAACUUUGUCAUUCCUACUAAACAAAGAACCAUUUCAUUUAUUGUAACUUUCAUAAAUCAUAAAUAAAACUAAUUAAAAUGAUUAUAAACUCAACCUUCUUGUACGGAAAUGUACCAACCAGAAACACUAUUUAAAGGUUAUUAAGAUUAAAAUGAAGAUUUUUACAGUGACUAAUAUUAUGGGGUUUCUUUUUAAAUCUUAAGUUUUUAUCGAUUCUGCUUGUUGAAACAUUUCCGUACAACGCGGUCCAAUUCAUGAUAAUUUAACCUUUAAUUCCUAUAUAAAUAGGGGUUAUAAUUACAAUAAACAAUAAAAGUUAUUAAAGAAUGUUGAAAAUAAGAACUGAAAUUCAAGAAAACAAAACAAUUUUAAUUUAAAAAAAAAGAACGAAAAUAAACUUCCAUGAUUAUUAUUAAUAUUAAAUAAUAAAAAUAAAUCGGUAAACUAAGACUAAUUGGAUUAAAAUUCAAAUAAUAUUAGAGUUUUGAUAAAACUCCCACCGAAAUUAUACCUAAUAGUUAAACUAAUUCUUAUUUAAAUUAAAACGUACUUUUUUUUCGCUUAUUUCUGGCCAAAGGCGAUAGUCGUAUUUUGGAUUAUGGCAACAUCCUUUUAAAUGGUUUUUAAAAAAUGGCGGUGACAAACAAUGAAAUGAAACGUGUAAUAAAUUGGCAGCUAAAAUGUAUAAAAAAUAUGUAAAUAUUGUAAUAAAUUUAAAACGUUAUUUAAAUAAAUUUUUGAAAUUGUUCUAACCGUUAACGAAUUCACUUAUUAAACGUGUUUGUGGGUGAUCUGUGAAACAAUCUUCAAGUUUCCAGUGGCAUACCUGCUUGACCCUAGAGUCAAGGGGGGACGUGCCUGGGUCUGCACGCCUUGUAGGGGUGACCUAGGCGUCUUUGAUAAUAGUCAACCAUUUAAUAUUACUUUUUAAUUUAACUUUUCCAAAGAAACUUGAGGAACUUUUAAUUAACAUUACAAAAGUCCUCUACUUAUUAAGUAACUGUCUACUGUCAAUUGACUGUAUAAUACGUUUUGUUCCUCAAACCAAACGGUUGCAUUUUUGUUCGUCUCCUUUUAAUUGUCAAAUAAAUAAUGUCAGUUAUCUCUGUUUAACUGGACACCCACUGAGCAAAGUUGAUAACUGAACCCGUUCAUUAGGCUUAAAUUAAAUCUUCCUCCGAUGUAAAAAUAUAACCGUGUUGUGAUUUAAUAAUUAUAAUAUUCGAAAGAUCCUAUAGAUAAAAACAUACGUUUCGACUCGAAAUAGUUUAACAAUUAAAUUAAUAUCUAAUUAACUAAAUAGUCAUUUUUCUAAUACAAUCUUGCACUACUCAUAUACCUAGAUUAUUAAAUUAGUUGCGUUUUAGUCAUUGGUCUAGCCGAUGGGGAUUCCCCGUGGAAUUGUAAAUGAAGACGAAAUGGACUAUCAUGAUCAUUAUGUAAAUUUUUAGUUUUAAUAAAUGAGUUAUCUCGUAACGUCCGUCUUCGUAUCCUUUGAAUAUUAAAUAUUUCUGAAUAAGGCAAAAAAUAAUAAUAUUUUAUACAGAUUAACAAGGAAUUGAAUAUAUUUUGAAAAAUUACUUUGUUUCUAAAGCUUUCUCUAUGGCGGUUUUAAUUUGUGCAUGUACCAGGACUGUAGCUCCUUUUU